AUGGAGGUUGUGUAUUUCAGUAACGAGUUCCCCAAGGAGGACCUGACGGACAUCUUCCGCCAGUUACACAAGCAAAGCAAGAGCACAAAUCACGAGCAUCUUGCCCGCUUUACGAGAGAUGCGACCAGGGCAAUCAAGGAAGAGAUUGAGAAGCUACCGUCGAGCUUGAAAAACCAGAUACCCCCUUUCGAAUCGCUCACCUCUUGGUCGGAACAGAAGGAGCUCCGUGAAGGUGAACUUUGCGGCGCGAUUGAUGGCGUUCUACUGAUCCUCGCUCAACUCUCGGUAUACAUUUGUAAUGCCGAGAACAGCGAAGAGCCAUCGUUUACGCUAGAAGACACACAUCUCGCGGGUCUAGGCGUGGGUUUGCUCUCAGCAGCCGCGAUUGCGCUUGCUCAGGAUGUAACCGAGAUUCCUUUCUAUGGUGCUCAAGCGAUUGCCACUGCCUUUCGCAUGGGAGUUCAUGUACAGGCAGUGUCGAGCUACUUGGAAGCUCGAGAUCUGGAUGAGUCCCCAAAGACAUGGGCGUACGUGGUUCACAACGUUGAUCCUGAACAAACAAAGAAAGAGUUGGACGCAUAUCAAGAAGCAGUACCCAGUUCCGAAACCAGCCGCGUCUUCAUAAGCGCCGUCAGUCGUACGUCGGUCACGAUCAGUGGCCCACCUUCAAGACUUGAGAACUUGUUCAAGAAGGCUACGGCAUUCAGAGAUGCCAAGUCUAUCGCGUUGCCCGUUUACGGAGGCAUUUGCCAUGCUCCACACAUCUACGGGUCACACGACAUCGAAGCUAUCAUUGAACAUGUUGCAGCUUCAACAAGUCAACGAAAGACGCAGAAUGCACCCAAAUUCCCACUCUCGUCUACGAGCUCUGGCACCCCAUACACAGCUUCCAGUGCAGUGGAGCUGUUCAGGUGUGUAGUUGGAGAACUUCUGACGAAAGCGAUCGAGUGGGACAAAGUCAUUGCAAACGAGGUCGAGCAUGCCAAAGAGAACCAGCGAGCCCAAAUCAGACUCUCCUGCUUCGGAAACUCCAUUCCACUGAACGACUUCAGUACUGCUUUGCAGGAUGCCAUCAAGGACGCUUCUAUUUCCCUGAACAACUACAUGUCAGUACUUCGAAAAGACGCCACUGAGGGCACUCCCCGGGGUACAGCACAAUCUAAGCUUGCCAUUGUCGGAAUGUCCUGCAGAUUACCGGGAGGUGCAACCAGUAAUGAGAGGUUUUGGGAAAUUCUCGAAGCAGGUCUCGACGUCUCUCGGCAGAUACCUCCGGAUCGAUUCGACAUCACGACACACUACGACCCAGAGGGUAAAGACCUUAACAAAACAAUGACACAGUAUGGAUGCUUCAUUGAUGAGCCUGGAAUGUUUGACCCAAGCUUUUUCAAUAUGUCACCUCGAGAGGCAAUGGUCGUUGAUCCUCAGAUGCGGUUGUCGCUCAUCACUGCGUAUGAGGCAUUAGAACAAGCAGGAUACGUCGCCAACAGGACUCCAUCAAGCAAGCUCCAGCGUAUCGGAACGUACUACGGUCAGGCAGCUGAUGACUAUCGUGAGGUAAACCAAGGACAAGAAGUCGGAACGUACUAUAUCCCCGGUGGAUGUCGUGCUUUUGGCCCUGGCCGUAUCAACUACUUCUUCAAAUUUGCUGGCCCUAGCUACAGCAUUGACACUGCUUGCUCUUCGGGACUUGCCGCCAUCGAGGUUGCUUGCCAAGCACUAUGGAAUGGAGAGAUUGACAUGGCCGUAACUGGUGGAGUCAACAUUCUCACCAACCCUGAUGGUUUCACUGGCCUCUGCAAGGGCCAUUUCCUUACCAAGGGCCACAAUGCCUGCAAGACUUGGGAUGCAACCGCCGACGGCUACUGCCGUGCCGAUGGUGUAGGAUCUCUUGUCAUCAAAAGGCUAGAAGAUGCACAAGCUGAUAACGACAACAUUCUCGGAGUUGUCCUUGCUGCGGGCACCAACCACUCGGCAGAAGCUGUCUCCAUUACCCAUCCGCAUGCAGGACACCAGGCGUACCUAGCCCGUCAGAUUCUCAGGGACGCGGCUGUAGACCCUCUCGACGUGUCCUACAUUGAGUUGCAUGGCACGGGUACACAAGCUGGUGACUUUGAGGAAAUGAAGGGAGUCCUGGACGUCUAUGCCCCAAACACCUUCCCAAGCCGCCGACCCGAGCAAAAGCUACAUAUUGGAAGUGUCAAGUCCAACGUUGGUCACGGAGAGUCAGUUGCAGGAACGACGGCACUGAUCAAGGUGUUGAUGAUGCUGCAAAAGAACGCCAUUCCUCCACACAUUGGAAUCAAGACCGAGAUCAACCCGCGCCUGCCAAAGGAUCUGGACCAUCGAAACGUUGCCAUACCAUUUUCAAUCACUGAUUGGAAGAAGGAUCCCAAGAAGAAACGACUCGCAGUUGUCAACAACUUCGGAGCUGCUGGGGGUAACACCAUGAUGCUUUUGGAGGAGGCACCUGCGGUUGAGGUAGCACGCGAGCAAGAAACCAGGCCGACCCAUAUUGUCACAGUCUCGGCAAAGACCAAGACCUCUCUCCGCGGUAACAUCGAACGUCUCCUUACCUAUCUUGACAGAAACCCCGAUGUCGCGGUGUCAGAUCUCGCCUACACAACCACUGCGCGCAAAUACCACCACACACACAGGGUCGCGAUCAGCGCUACGGAUAUCGCUUCGGUCAAAAAGCAGUUGACUGCGCAGUUGACAAAGAUUGAUUCUUUGAAGCCCCUUAACAAGGCCAAUCCACCAUCGGUCGCGUUUGUUUUCACCGGUCAGGGCGCCUCAUACCAGUCCAUGGAUCUUGAACUAUACCACGAUGCACCAGUCUUCCGAGAGCACAUCCACUACCUCGAUAGACUAGCUCAAGCCCAGGGCUUCCCAUCAUUCAUUCCAGCUGUCGACGGUUCUCAUCCACGGGACUAUGAACAUCCACCAGUUAUCACGCAACUGGCGCUGGUUUGUCUAGAAAUCGCACUGGCUCACUACUGGUCUUUCUUGGGCGUCAAGCCUGACGUUGUCAUGGGCCAUUCCCUCGGUGAAUACGCAGCUAUGCAUGUCGCUGGAGUCAUCAGCGCAAACGACGCCAUCUACAUGGUCGGUUCCAGAGCACUAAUGCUCCAGAAGUCAUGCAAAGCAGGCAGCCAUUGUAUGAUGGCAGUCCGAGCAUCUCUGGAAUCCGUUUCUACUGCUGCAAACGGCAAGCCAUACACUGUGGCCUGUAUCAACGGCCCAUCCGACACGGUUCUUAGUGGCACCAAGGCACAGAUGGACGACAUCGCCGUAGACCUUGAAGCGGCCGGAUACCGCUGCAUCAAACUCAACGUUGCAUUUGCAUUCCACUCGGAACAGGUCGACCCGAUCCUUGAUGAGUUUGAAGCAAUCAGCAAGAGCGGCGUCGUUUUCCACGAACCCAAGCUGCCUGUGAUCUCUCCUCUGCUUGGCAAGGCAAUCUUUGAUGGGCGAUCAUUGAAUGCCGGUUAUGUGCGGAAAGCCACGCGCGAGACAGUAGACUUCCUUGCUGCCACCAGGAAUGCAUUGGAUGUGUCGAUCAUCAGUGAUGAAACUGUGUGGAUGGAGAUGGGCCCUCACCCGGUCUGCGUUGGAUUCAUCAAGUCGAUCUUGCCGUCUACCAAGGCUGCUGUUUCGUCCUUGCGCCGUGGAGACAACAACUGGAAGACCAUCUCUGAGAGCGCAGCAGCUAUUCACCUCCAUGGCGUGGAUGUGGACUGGAAUGAGUUCCACCGUCCCUUCGUGGGUGCGGUGCAGCUUCUAGAUCUACCGACAUAUGCCUGGGAUGAGAAGAACUACUGGCUUCAGUACAAUGGCGACUGGUGCUUGACCAAAGGCAACAACUACUAUGAGAAGAAGGUUGAGGCUGCAGAGCCUGCAGUCGGCAGUGCUCAAAAGUACGAGUCUCUGAGUUCGUUGGUGCAGAACAUCAUUGCGGUAAAUGUGGACGGAGAUCAGGCUACCGUGAUCAUGCAAUCCGACCUGAUGCAGAAGGACUUCUUGGCUGCCGCCCAUGGACAUCAGAUGAAUGACUGUGGCGUUGUGACAUCAUCAAUCCAUGCAGAUAUUGCUUACACUCUGGGAGAAUACCUCUACCGCAAGUUCUACCCAGGAGCAAAGCGAGUCAACAUGAACAUUACAAAUCUGCACGUGACCUCGGCCCUGAUUGCCAAAAAGCACUCCAUGGACACGCCACAGUUGAUUCAAGUCACUGCAAGCACAGACGACAUCACCAGUGGUGUGGUGGACUUGACAUGGCAAAACGUCCAAGAAGAUGGAAGCUGUUUGGAUCCAUUUGCAACAGCUCAUCUUGAGUUUGGGCAAGCGGAUGUUUGGCUAGAGUCCUGGAGCCCCAUGGCUCAUUUGGUCCAGCAUCGCAUUGAAUCACUGGAACAGCUCGCUGCAGAGGGCAAGGCCAACCGCUUGUCACGCAACAUGGCUUACACUCUUUUCGCAAAGAACCUCGUCGAUUACGCCGACAAGUACCGAGGCAUGCAGUCCGUUGUCAUGCAUGACCUCGAAGCAUUUGCCGACGUAAAGCUCAGCGAGAAGGUGGACAGUGGAACCUACACGGUACCUCCAUACUUCAUUGACAGUGUGGCUCAUCUUGCAGGCUUUAUCAUGAACUGCUCCGACAGCAUCGACACAAACAACAACUACUGUGUCACGUCUGGUUGGAAGAGCAUGCGAUUUGCCGAGCCUUUGACUCCAGGAGCAAGAUUCCGGUCCUAUGUCAAGAUGAUACCCACCAAAGAGGACCCAUCCACCUACUUGGGUGAUGUGUACAUCAUGAGACCUGAUGACAAUUCCAUUGUUGGAAUGGUAGGAGGUAUUCAUUUCCGCCGCUUCCCGCGCAUCCUGCUCAACCGGUUCUUCACUGCUCCGCAGCCCUCCAAAGCAGCCGGUCAACAAGCCAAGUCAGCUCCUGCAGCAAUCAAGCCAACUCCGGUUGCGGCCAAGCCUGCACAACCAAGAGCGAAGACUACCCAGGCAAGUCAAAGCAAGCCCCUGCCCGCUAAGCAGGAGGUGUGGAAAGAAGAGCCUGAGUCUUCGUCAAGUGAGAGUGAACACAGCCACUCGGAAGCUUCAGUCAACACUUCCACGACUAGCAUUGAUGUUCCCGCCACUUCGGCUCCCCCAAGCAACAGCACAGUCACUAAAGCUCUCGAGCUGAUUUCGCAGGAAACCGCGAUUGAUAUCGCUGAACUGACUGAUGAUGCUGAAUUCGCUAACCUAGGCAUCGAUAGUCUGAUGUCUUUGGUGCUGUCUGAAAAGUUCCAGAAGGAACUCAAUGUCAAGGUGAAUGGUAGCUUGUUCUUGGAUUACCCGACUAUCGGUGAUCUGCGCGAGUGGCUAGAGAAGUACUACAGCUAG